UGGACUCGUGAUUUCUCUCCUCCUCUCUUUCCAGAGGGAGAGAGAAGACCCAGCAGCUCCUCCAAUAUUAUUAAUUUUAUUUAUUUAUUUAUUAAUAUUAUUGCAGCCAAUUAAUCCAGAGAAAUUAAGAGGGAAAAAAGAAAAAAGAAUGGAGGGAAGUUCGAAGAUGAACAGCUGCAGCACAAAAGGGAAGAAAGAUGAUCUUUAUCAUGUUAUUCACAAGGUUCCUGCUGGUGAUAGUCCUUAUGUUAGAGCCAAACAUGCUCAGCUAGUUGAAAAGGACCCAGAGGCAGCAAUAGUUUUGUUUUGGAAGGCAAUAAAUGCAAGAGACAGAGUGGACAGUGCCCUAAAAGACAUGGCUGUGGUGAUGAAGCAAUUGGACAGAACUGGGGAGGCCAUUGAAGCUAUCAAGUCCUUUAGAGGCCUUUGCUCCAAACAAGCCCAAGAUUCACUUGACAAUGUCCUCAUUGACUUGUACAAGAAAUGUGGCAAAGUUGAUGAGCAAAUUGACUUGCUCAAGAGGAAGCUUAGGUUGAUAUACCAAGGCGCUACCUUCAACGGAAGACCAACUAAAAUCGCCCGCUCUCAUGGAAAGAAGUUCCAGGUUUCGGUUACGCAAGAGACCUCGAGAUUAUUGGGCAAUUUGGGCUGGGCCUAUAUGCAGAAAGGUAACUACAUGAUGGCGGAGGUCGUGUAUCGAAAGGCCCAAAUGAUCGACCCUGACUCGAACAAAGCAUGUAAUUUGGGUCUGUGCCUAAUCAAACAAGGCCGACACGAAGAGGCCCUUUUGGCUCUCGAAGACGUGGUACACAGUAGACUUCCAGGAUCCGAGGAGAGCAAGUUGAGGAAACGAGUGGACGAGUUGCUAAUGGAGUUGAGGUCUAUGAAUUGUUUGCCAGAGUCAUUGGAUGUAUUGAGCCUAGAUGAUGAUGAUUUUGUGAAAGGGCUUGAGCAGUUGAUGAAUGAAUGGGGCCCGUUUAGAUCUAAAAGGCUUCCCAUCUUUGAAGAGAUCUCUCAAUUUAGAGAUCAAGUGGCAUGCUAAUACCUAAUAGUUUGUUCUUUUGUUCAUAUGUAGGUGUAUUAAAAACUAAAAAUGUGUGUGUUUAGUUAGGACCACCAACAACAACAAAAAAAAAAAAAAAACAGAGAAGUUGGUGUUGUGUGGGUAAAUUAGAAUAAGGUCCCUUUUGUACAUAAUGUUAGGGAGAUGAUGUUUGUGUUGGAGAGAGUUAAGUUGGUAAUGAGAAAGUGAAUUGAGAACCAACAAUUUAGUGGUUCUCGAUUUGGUAUCCAAAUUUUAUUUAAUUCA